AUGAAGGAGAUCGUACAACGGCAAGUGAUCCAUAUCAUUUCGCAGUCCUCGGACAUCAAAAUUCCUGGUAUGCCUCGGGAAGCUAAUGUGAAGCUGUCGUGGGCUGACGCUAUUAUUGAGCGGUUCGGGGAUAUCAGCCUGAAGGAGUUGCUUGCGAGCGUGGAAGCGGAAGAGGAACGCGACGCCGACUCCGACAAAGCCGAGGAGGACUGGGCCGGGAGCAAAGAUCAAGAUUUCGGGUACGCGUUCGGGGAGGAGGGCGUGCUAAUGGACGAAGACUCUAUCUCGGAGGUGGCGCGGGAGGGCCCGGAGGGGCUCACCUGGUACAUAAGACUCGCCGGCUUGCGCUCGUUUUCAUCUGCUGUUCUUGCGUUCGCGUUCGUCCGCCCUAUUAAGUUAUUGAAUAUGGUAUUGUCUACCUUUUGGGUUGUUGUAAUAACACCACGGGCUAGCCAGUUAUUGCAGAAGUUCUUCACCCUCAACACGUUAAAAGCCGUUGGAUCCGAGUCGAUCCAAGGUCUUCAGCGAAGACCUCCCCCUCCGUAA